CUCUAAUGGGAGGUUAUGGGAGGUGAAAGGGAAAGGUGGGAGGAGACGAACAGACGCGCUAAGGGAGUGAAGGGGUGGAGCAUAAGGGAAAGAGGCGGGACAUAGACCUCCACAAGAGAAGGGGAUAUAAGGAGGGCAGAACAUUGGAUACCGCAGAAAAGAAGGCCAAUCACUUAACGCAAUGGGCGGGUCAUUGACAGCCUCUCCCGCUCAGGAGGAGGGGCUUAAAGUAGAGAUGCAAGCCAUUGGAUACCACAAGAGAAGCGCCUCAAGGUAGGGAGCAGGCAUUGGCCAGCACAAGAGGCGGGGCUUCAGCGGGAACGUCGGCCAUUGGCUGUCGAAAGAAGAGCGAUACAACAUAAAACAGGGACGGGCGAUUGCCAACUCGAGGAGGCGGGACUUAGAGGAAGGGGCAGGCUGCGGGGGAGCUCUUAGUAUAAACAGCCACAAAAUGCACAAAAUAGUUAUUUCUUCACUUAGUUAAAAACUUAACUGAGUACCUACUAUAUGCCAGGGCCCCAAAACGCCACACAGACAUAUUCAUUCAUUGAAGAAAAAUGUACUGAAUACCGUGGGGCCGAGUCACUUGAUUGUCCUGGGCUUCGCUCUCUGCACUUGGAAGAUGGGGCCCGUAAUGAUUGUGAGGACCCUGCUCUAGACUGAGCCCGGCAACAGGAAAUACAGGAAGUAUUAGAAGCUAUAACUCGGCCGGACGCGAUGGCUCACGCCUGUAACCCCGGCACUUUGAGAGGACGAAGCGGGCGGAUUACGAGGUCAGGAGUUUGAGACCAGCCUGGCCAACAUGGUGAAACCCCGUCUCUACUAAAAAUACAAAAAUUAGCUGGGCGUGGUGGCACGCACCUAUACCAGCUACUCAGGAGGCUGAGGCAGGAGAAUCACUUGAACCCAGGAGGGGGGGGGGGUUGCAGUAAGCCGAGAUCGCGCCACUGCACUCCAGACUGGGCGACAGAACAGAAAAAAAAAAGAAGCUAUAACUCUACCUUCCAGGAAUCAAGUAUAACAGGGCCAAGAAAUGUUAAGUUUUAAAAUUUGUUGAUGUUGCUGUGUUUUGUUUUGUUUUGUUGUAAUUAGGAUCCAUGGUAAGAACUAAAAUGAACCAGGGUGCUUGAGGAAAAAAAGCUGAAUAAUGGAGACGACUUCUUCUCUCCUGGGGGAUCACAGAGGGUUACUGGAUGAAGUGAGUUUAACCAGACACUGGGAGAAUGAAUAGAAGUUGGACACGAUAGUGAGGCGAGCCCUGGGAAGGCAUGAGGAGCAGAGGGAAGAGCAAAAACAAGCGUCUGAUCCUCACUUAAGGUCAGGAGUACCAGACCAGCCUGGCCAACAUGGUGAAAUCCCAUCUCUAGAAAAAAUACAAAAAUUAGCCGGGCGUGGUGGUGGGCGCCUAUACUUCUAGCUACCUGGGAGGCUGAGGCAGGAUAAUCACUUGAACCUGGGAGGCGGAGGGUGCAGUGAGCCGAGAUCACGCCGUUACACUACAACCUGGGUGACCGAGCGAGACUCCGUUGCAAAAAACAAACGAGACCGGGCGCGGUGGCUCACGCCUGUAAUCCCAACACUUUGAGAGGCCGAGGCGGGUAGAUCACUUGAAGUCAGGAGUUCGAGACCACCCUGGCCAACAUGGUGAAACCGCAUCUCUACUAAAAAUACAAAAAAUUAGCCAGGCGUGGUGGCAGGCGCCUGUAAUUCCAGCUACUCGGGAGGCUGAGGCACGAGAAUCGCUUGAACCCGGGAAGCGGAGGUUGCAGUGAGCCAAGAUCAUGCCACUGCACUCCAGCCUGGGUGACAGAGUGAGACUUUGGUUCAAAAAAAAGAAAAGAAAAGAAAAGAAAAAGCAAACAAGCAAAAACAAGAACAACAACAGCAACAACAAAAAACCCAUCUGAUCCUAGGAUGACUGUGUUAGAGACGGAGUAUCACCGUGUUAGCCAGGAUGGUCUCGAUCUCCUGACCUCGUGAUCCGCCCGCUUCGGCCUCCCAAAGUGCUGGGAUUACAGGCAUGAGCCAUCGCGCCCGGCCCAGGUGCAUCCUCUUAAACAGCUCCUACCUAGGAGACGAGGUUUUGCCAUGUUGCCAGGCUGGUCUCCAACUUCUGGGAUCAAGCAAUCCUUCCGCUUGAGCCUCCCAAAGGGCUGUGAUUGCAGGCGUGAGCCACCGCGCCUAGUUUAGGUUGAGCAGCGAAAGGGAUAGGGCCCAGUGCUUUCUCUGCGAGGUUCAGUUGGCCUGUCCCUGUCCUAUCACCGUUUGUCACCGUUUGGGGAGCGCCACGGAAUGCACUGUCUCCAAUCGAGAGGUGCACUCGUCGCCCUGGCAACGGAGUCCGGAAGAACCACAGAGACGCGGCUCCAGCGUACAGAGUGGCCGCCCUGGGCCAGCAAGGCACUGAGCGCUAGAGAGGCACGUCUAGUCGAUUGUCACGUGGCAGGCCAGGGGAAGGCGGGACUUCCGGCGGCGCGGUAUUUUUUUUUUUUUUUUUUUUUUUUUUUUUCCUUCCGGUGGCUGGUCUCCGGCGGCUCCGUCUCCGACUGGGCCCCGUGCCCCCCGCCCCCGCGGCCCCCCGCCGCCGGGCCAGCCGCCACCAUGAAGAAAUUCUUUCAGGAGUUCAAGGCCGACAUCAAGUUCAAGAGCGCGGGACCCGGUCAGAAGCUCAAAGAGUCCGUGGGGGAAAAGGCCCACAAAGAGAAGCCCAACCAGCCAGCUCCCAGGCCGCCCCGCCAGGGACCCACCAAUGAGGCACAGAUGGCAGCCGCUGCCGCCCUAGCCCGGCUGGAGCAGAAGCAGUCCCGGGCCUGGGGCCCCACGUCGCAGGACACCAUCCGAAACCAGGUGAGAAAGGAACUUCAAGCCGAAGCCACCGUCAGCGGGAGCCCCGAGGCCCCAGGGACCAACGUGGUAUCUGAGCCCAGAGAGGAAGGCUCUGCCCACCUGGCUGUGCCUGGCGUGUACUUCACCUGUCCGCUCACUGGGGCCACCCUGAGGAAGGACCAGCGGGACGCCUGCAUCAAGGAGGCCAUUCUCUUGCACUUCUCCACCGACCCAGUGGCCGCCUCCAUCAUGAAGAUCUACACGUUCAACAAAGACCAGGACCGGGUGAAGCUGGGUGUGGACACCAUUGCCAAGUACCUGGACAACAUCCACCUGCACCCCGAGGAGGAGAAGUACCGGAAGAUCAAGCUGCAGAACAAGGUGUUUCAGGAGCGCAUUAACUGCCUGGAAGGGACCCACGAGUUUUUUGAGGCCAUUGGGUUCCAGAAGGUGUUGCUUCCCGUCCAGGAUCAGGAGGACCCCGAGGAGUUCUACGUGCUGAGCGAGACCACCUUGGCCCAGCCCCAGAGCCUGGAGAGGCACAAGGAACAGCUGCUGGCUGCGGAGCCCGUGCGCGCCAAGCUGGACCGGCAGCGCCGCGUCUUCCAGCCCUCACCCCUGGCCUCGCAGUUCGAACUGCCUGGGGACUUCUUCAACCUCACAGCAGAGGAGAUCAAGCGGGAGCAGAGGCUCAGGUCCGAGGCGGUGGAGCGGCUGAGCGUGCUGCGGACCAAGGCCAUGCGGGAGAAGGAGGAGCAGCGGGGGCUGCGCAAGUACAACUACACGCUGCUGCGCGUGCGCCUCCCCGAUGGCUGCCUCCUGCAGGGGACCUUCUACGCUCGGGAGCGGCUGGGGGCGGUGUACGGGUUCGUCCGGGAGGCCCUGCAGAGCGACUGGCUGCCUUUUGAGCUGCUGGCCUCGGGAGGGCAGAAGCUGUCCGAGGACGAGAACCUGGCCUUGAACGAGUGCGGGCUGGUGCCCUCUGCCCUCCUGACCUUCUCGUGGGACAUGGCUGUGCUGGAGGACAUCAAGGCCGCAGGGGCCGAGCCGGACUCCAUCCUGAAACCCGAGCUCCUGUCAGCCAUCGAGAAGCUCUCGUGAAAUAAAAGCAGGGUUGGCCUCAGCCCUGUGGGUCUGUCUCAUGCUCUCCCUGUUCCUCUCUCCGCCACCCCAGGGCCUCCAAGCCACCUCUGGAAAUACUUGGCUCUGCCCCAUGGGCACGGGAGGGGUGCCAGCCGUGGAGCUGUGGAAUUGGGCCCCGUGGCAGAGCCCCCAUCCCUUGGGGGCUGUGGGGAUGCGCCCAAGCCCCCGAGGGAGAGGCCUGGGGACACCACCAAAUCUAAGCCCUCCCUAGCUGCUUGGUAACUGCGUCAUGAAGCUGCCGGACAGACACACGUGGCAUCUCCCUGGGCAGGAGAGCAGGCCUGCAGCAUGGGUCCUGUUCCCGUGUGCCGUGGGUGGCAGUGGCUGCACCUGGCGCUAGGGCUGCUCUGUGGAUGUGGGUGACAAUGGCAGGAGGGGACGCUGGCCUUCCUGCACAUAGACCUGCAGUUAGUAAAUCAUAAGCCCAAAUAAACAGGUUGUUUGAAUAUA